GCCUCCUCGACAGUGCAGUGACAGUGUCGCAAAUAUCGUUUGAAGAGUGGUCUGUUAUGCGUGCAUCUCUCUCGAACGGAUCAGAAGCAGCAUCACCUACUGACAGGAAUUAGCCAAAGACCGAAUAAACACCUCCUAUGAAGUUUCCAACCAACAACGUGUGACAGUUUCAAGUAAACAACAACCUAGUGCCCAAUGCAAGCGGACGAGAUGGGAGAAAAGGAAGGAUUUUUCGAUGGAAUAGCGCAGUUCUUCAUAGAAAAUCAAGAUGAGCGGACGGUAAACUGGUUCCUUUCUGGUUCGAUGACCCCGCUGCUAGUGAUAGUCGUAACGUACCUGUACUUUUGCCUGUACGCCGGUCCCCGGUACAUGGCCAAGCGGAAACCCUUCAAAUUGGAGAAUGUUCUGAUUGCGUACAACGCGAUACAGGUGGUGCUGAGUGUAGUACUAGUAUACGAGGGAAUCAAGGGUGGUUGGGAUGGAACAUAUGAUUUCAAAUGCCAACCCGUGGACUACUCGAGGCAUCCAACCGCUAUGAGGAUGGCUCGCGCAGUUUGGCUCUACUACAUCUGUAAGGUGAUAGAACUUCUCGAUACGGUGUUCUUCGUGUUACGUAAAAAGCAGAACCAGAUUUCGUUCCUGCACCUUUACCACCACACACUUAUGCCAAUCUGCGGAUUCAUCGGAGUCAAAUAUUUCGCCGGAGGCCAUGGUACACUUCUGGGAGUGAUCAAUUCGUUCAUCCACGUGUGUAUGUAUGCCUACUACAUGCUUGCUGCGAUGGGACCCAAAGUACAGAAGUACCUCUGGUGGAAGCGCUAUCUAACAGUUAUGCAGAUUAUCCAGUUCAUAAUCGUGUUUUAUCACACCAUACAAGUGCAGUUCCAGCCGAGCUGCGGCUAUCCCAAAUCGAUUGCCGCCUUGCUUACCCUGAAUGCCGCCUUAUUUAUCUACAUGUUCAGCACCUUCUACGUCCGGAGCUAUCUGCGUAAGGUGUCGUCACCCGCCGCGGCCGCGACGGCGGAAAUCAACAAUAACCGAGCGGACUGCAAGCCAAAGGAAGUGCCACGAAGUGCGGACGAAAGCCGACAACAGCAGUCGUCGCCGGCGGCUGUGACGGUUGGCCCCGAAGACAAAAAGCAGCUGUAA